GAACUAGUAUAGUACCAGUGUCUAUGACUUGGACAGUGCCAUAUUCAGAUGCAUUAUCUUCAUUUUCCAACUUGGGUCGGCUUUCUUCAACUCAAUUAUUGCAUGUACGACGUUAGUUGAUCUUUGAGGCAAAAUCAUCCUUGAAGCGUAGAGCUUAAAGCUUAGCCAAUCUCGUGGUUCUUUGUACCCCUCAGAGCAACAUGGGGGUUGCCAAUUUCUCUGUCUUCCUACUUAUUAUUUCUCUAAGUUUCUUCCAGUUGCUGAGAAUUUCUGAAUCAAAAUUACCCAAAGAAGAAGUUGAUGCUCUUAAAGAAAUUGUGAGCACAAUGGGUGCGACAUAUUGGAAGUUUGAUGCUGAUUCCUGCAAUAUUGAAAUGGUUGGAGUAACACUAGAACCACCAGAUGAAUCAGAGAGAAGAAUUGGUUGUGAUUGCAGUUUUGAAGACGGCACUGUCUGUCAUGUUGUGAACAUGACUCUCAAGCGCCUUAGUCUACCGGGCAUACUCCCACCUCAACUGGCCAAGCUACCUUUUCUCCGAUUUGUAGAUUUUGCUUACAAUUGCUUCACCGGCACAAUUCCAGAGGAAUGGGCUUCUCUGAACCUAACUUCAAUCUCUCUUCUUGUGAAUCGGUUAUCUGGGGAAAUUCCGAAGCAUCUAGGAAAUAUUACUUCUCUCACAUACCUGAUGCUCGAAGCAAACCAAUUUUCUGGUGAUGUUCCAACUGAGCUUGGGAAACUAAUCAACUUGCAGACCUUGGUUCUGUCAUCCAAUCAAUUGACUGGGAGCUUUCCACCUUCACUUGCAGGACUACAAAACUUGACCGACUUUAGAAUAAGUAAUAACAAUUUUACUGGAACCAUACCAAAUUUUAUACAGAAUUGGCAACAACUCAAAAGACUAGAAAUGCAUGGAAGUGGACUAGAGGGACCCAUUCCAUCAAAUAUCUCUCUCUUGAAUAACUUAGAACAGCUAAGAAUCAGUGAUAUAGAAAGUCCUAGCCAGGACUUUCCUUUUCUGGGGAACAUGGCAGGCUUGAUUACUUUGGUUUUAAGGAAUUGUAACUUAUCUGGUGUGAUACCUUCAUAUAUCUGGACGAUGAUGGCUUUGGAGAAUUUGGAUGUCAGUUUUAACAUGCUUGUUGGGCAAAUUCCAGCAGUUAUAAGUGCAAGGCGUCUAAGAUAUAUCUACCUAACAGGUAAUAUUCUUAGUGGCAAUAUACCAAAUUCAGUCCUGAAGGACGGAAGUAGCAUUGAUCUUUCAUACAACAACUUUACUUGGCAAGAUGAUGACCAGCCUGCUUGUCAGGACAGCAUUAGGAACUUGAAUCUGAAUUUGUUCAGAAGCUCGAUUAAGGAGAAUAAGUUAGAGGAGUAUGUUCCUUGCUCCAAGAAUUUCAUCUGUCCACGGUAUUCAAGUUGUUUACAUGUUAACUGUGGAGGGAAGGAUGUAAAUGUAAAAGAUGAUAAAGGAGAAAACCUUUAUGUGGGAGAUGAUGUUCAGGGUGGCACUGCAACUUAUUUCUACAGUUCCAAUGAUCACUGGGGAUUUAGUAGCACCGGAGACUUUAUGGAUGAUUUCGAUGGCCAGAACAUACGUUACACAGUAUCAUCUCCAUCUUCAAAUAUGCCUGAAUUAUACAAAACAGCACGUAUAUCUCCAAUUACACUUACUUAUUUCCAUAAUUGCAUGGAAAAUGGGAACUAUACUGUAAACCUCCAUUUUGCUGAGAUACAGUUUACAAAUGAUAAAACAUUUAGAAGUCUUGGGAAGCGCAUAUUUGAUAUCUAUGUUCAGGGAAAACUGAUUCGCAAAAAUUUUGAUAUAGAGAAUGAGACAAAUGUUGCUGAGAAACCACUGGUACUGCCUAUAUACAAUAUCAGCAUUACAAAUAAUGUCUUGGAGAUUCGGUUCUACUGGGCUGGAAAAGGAACUACUAGAAUUCCGGAUGUUGGAGUUUAUGGUCUCCUUGUAUCAGCUUUUUCUGUGGUUUCAAAUUCUAGAGUUUGCUCAAAUGGAGAAAAGAAAGUUUCUGUUUCUAUAAUAAUUGCAAUUGUAGUUGGUGCUCUAUGCUUAGUGCUGUUUACAUCUGGAUUCAUUUGGUGGAAGUGGAAAGGCUUUUUCAGAGGGAAACUGCGAAGGGCAGGUACAAAAGAUAGAGAUACUCAGGCAGGCAAUUUUAGCUUGGAGCAGAUCAGAGUUGCUACUGAUGACUUCUCUUCUGCUAAUAAGAUUGGGGAAGGUGGUUUUGGUCCUGUAUACAAGGGUCAAUUGCUAGAUGGUACUUUUAUAGCGGUCAAGCAACUGUCAUCAAAAUCACGGCAGGGAAAUCGUGAAUUUAUAAAUGAAAUAGGCUUGAUAUCUUGUGUGCAACACCCUAACCUUGUAAAGCUUUAUGGAUAUUGUGCUGAAGGAGAACAACUCUUGCUGGUAUAUGAGUACUUGGAAAAUAACAGCCUUGCCCGAGUUUUAUUUGGUAGUGAAAACAAGCAGCUUAAAUUGGACUGGCCCACGAGGUUUAGGAUUUGCAUUGGCAUAGCAAAAGGUUUAGCAUUUCUACAUGAUGAGUCAAGAUUCAAGAUAGUUCACAGAGAUAUCAAGGCUUCUAAUGUGUUACUCGAUGACAAAUUGAAUCCAAAGAUAUCUGACUUUGGCUUGGCUAAGCUUGAUGAAGCAGAGAAGACGCAUAUCAGCACCCGAGUUGCUGGGACUAUAGGAUAUAUGGCACCAGAAUAUGCAUUAUGGGGCUACCUUACUGACAAGGCUGAUGUUUACAGUUUUGGAGUUGUGGCAUUAGAAAUUGUUAGUGGGAAAAGCAAUAACAAUUAUUUACCAGAUGAUGGAAGUGUUUGUCUUUUGGAUCGGGCAUGUCAGUUAAACCAAACUCGGAACUUGAUGGAGCUGAUUGAUGAAAGGUUGGGGCCAGACCUUAAUAAAAUGGAAGUAGAAAAGGUGGUCAAAAUAGGUCUCCUGUGCUCAAAUGCUUCUCCAACACUUAGGCCUACAAUGUCUGAAGUAGUGAAUAUGCUUGAAGGACAUGCAGAUAUUCCUGAUGUAAUCCCAGAACCAAGUACCUACAAUGAUGAUUUAAGGUUCAAAGCCUUAAGGAAUCUCCAUCAAUAUCAAUCAAAACAGAGUUUGAGUGGAAACCAGAGCCAGAGUUCAAUGACACAUACAUUCACCUCAGCAUCUGGUGGUAAUACUCACACUACUAGUUAUAUUGAGGAUCAUAGUUCAGUUGACAGUAGUUAGUUUUCUCCUUUCACCAACUUGACGCACUUUACCAGAUAGCAGUGGUAGCUCCAGAUCUUAGGGCUUGAAAAUUUUGACCAGCAUGGAACCUUCUAUUUUCACUUGUGUAGUUUUCUGCUUUCUGAAGAGGUCUCCAAAGGAGUAUGAGAAGAUUUUUCCUUUCUUCCUUAUGUCACCCUUAUUUGAUUUGAUUUUACUUUUUUUGUUUCUUUAAUGUACAAAUAUAUUGCUACAAAUAAAGCAAUCUCUAAAUCAUAAAUUUAGGUUACUUCUUUAUUUAUUUCUAUGUGUAUCCAUAUAACGGAAGUUCAAUUCAUACCUGAUGUAAAAUAUUAUAAUAAAUUAUAAAUUA